AUACUGCUAGCAAGAGUCACUCUGGCGGCCCUCCAAAAUAUUGAAAUUGUAUAAACAUUCUUCUAGAUUCCUACGCGUCCUAUCUUUCCCAAUUCCACACAAAAUGAAGAAGAAGACACAGUUGCCUAUUUUGGCACUCUUCUUCUUUGCGUUCAUAGUGUUUUCGAUUCUGUACAAUGAGUGUAACAUUCGACAAAUCAACACUGAACAAUCCGGAAAUGAUGAUAAUAAUCACCAAUCUGCAAUAAAAAUUGAGUCUUUACCAAAAUCAACGCCUGCCCAGAACUUUACUCUUCCAAAGAAACUCCCAGUUGGUUUGGAUAAAUUUAGUAAAUGCAGUUCCACUGUACCAUACAGUGGGAGGAGAGCUGUCUGGGCAGUCGACACCGCAGAGUCUGGUGGUCAGGGAGGAGUGCAGUGGCCGGAAGAGUGUGACGUGCAUUUGGGCAAAUGGGUUUUCGAUAAUAUUUCUUAUCCACUGUAUAGUGAGUCUAGUUGUCCAUACAUGUCUGAUCAAUUGGCUUGUCACAAGCAUGGAAGGCGUGAUAUAGGGUACCAGUUCUGGAGAUGGCAACCCCACAACUGCAAUUUAAAGAGGUACUAUUUUACUUUGCAGUUAAAAUUUAUAAUUUGUUUUAUCUGUCUUUUUCCACUGUUCAGAAAGGAAGAUUGGGAACCGGGAAGCCAAGGAAAUUGUUAUAACGAGAAACUGCCUAUUAAGGACGAGAAGUACUGGGGAACUGGUUCCGACUUGCCCACAAUGCAGAUGGUAGAUAAGGUUUUGAACCGGUUGGGUUCAAAGGUUACUGUCCUAAACAUCACUCAGCUUUCGGAGUAUAGAAAAGACGGCCACCCAACCAUUUACCGUAAAUUUUGGGAGCCAUUGGGCGCCGAGAAAAUGGCGGACCCUGCUAGUUAUUCUGAUUGUGUACACUGGUGCUUGCCCGGGGUGUCUGAUGUAUGGAAUGAGUUACUUUUCCAUUAUUUGUGAAGGUACAUUUUUCAAAUGUUCUUGGUCAUCUCGAGCAACUCGAGAGGUAUGUCUUGGUUUUGAAAAUAGGUGCACUAUAUAGUCUAUAUUGCUUCUGCAUACUGAAGGAAAUCCCGUAGAAUGAGAGGUAUUUCUUAUAAAUGAAAUGAGAUCAAAUUCACUAUUGUUGUCAAUCGAACUCUAUUUUAUGUAACUUCUACGUAUCCCUCAUUGUGUUCUCUUGGUCA